AUGGAGAAGAAGAAGGAAGGGGUUCAAGUUUAUGGUUUAAUAACAAUAAUCAUUCCAUUAGUUCAUUUACCAUUUGAGUACAUAUUAUUAUUUUUAUUCUUUGAAUUAUUCAUGACACCAGUUAAAAUUUUAUUUCCAUUUUUCGUUUGUCAUUCACUCUCUUUCUUCCUUUCCCUCUACUUUCAUUCCUUCCUUCAUUUUCUUUUCUCUUCUUUCCUUCCUUUUUUUUUCUUUUCUUUCCUUCCUUUUCCUCUCAUUCUUUUCUUUCUUCUGUCUUCUUUCUUCCCUCAUUUCUUUUCUUGUUCUCACUUUUGUUCAUCCUCUCUUCUUCUGUUCCUUCUUUCUUCUCUCUCACUUCUUCCUCCUCCUCCUGUCUUUCUUUCCUUUUCUUGUUUCUUUCCCCAUUUUGUCUUUUUUCCCCCCUUCUUUCUUCUCUCACAUGUCUCUUUCUCCUCUCUGUUUCUUUCUCAUUCCAUUUCUACUUCAUGUUUUUCUUCCUCCACUUCACUCUCUCAUUCCUUUCUCCCUUUUCUGCUCUUCCUUUCCACCUUCUUUCUUUUCCUUUUUUGUUCCUUUCCCCUAUUCCAUUUCUUUACACCCUCAUUUCUUCCCCUUCUCUCUCCUCUUUUCCCCCCUUCUUUCUACUCUUUUGUUCCUUCUUCUUCUUUCUUUUAA